AUGGCCACUACUUCCCACUGGGGGCCCAAGUGCUCAGUGAUAACUGCAGGCAGAAAUGCACAUGCUGGAGAAACGUGUAAGGUGCAGGAUGGAGUCUGGGGCUGCAUCCCUGGGGGCAACGGCAGCAUCUGGGUGUCAGGUGACCCCCAUUACCGAACCUUCGAUGGGGUGGCCUUCACAGCCCAGGGUGCAUGCCACUACACACUGACCCGGAGUUGCCGGGCCCAGGGGCGGCCCCCUAAGUUUUCUGUGCGUGUGCACAAUGAACACCUUAGCUCCAUCGCCGUGGCUUGGACGAGGCAGGUUGAGGUGGAUGUGAAUGGGGAGCAAAUCGUGAUGGCUGCCAAAGCCCCAGGAAAGAUACAGGUAAAUGGAUUUCAGAGGAAUUUGCCCCUGCACCUGGCCGGGGGCCAUACCCACAUCUACUUCAGUGGCUCAGGGGCUGUGCUGAGGACAGACUCCGGUCUCUUGGUCUCCUACGACUGGCAACACUAUGUCUCUGUCAUGGUGCCUGAGACCUAUGCGGGUUCCCUGUGUGGUCUGGGUGGGGAUUUCAAUGGAAACCCUGAGGACGACUUUCGAGGUCCUGACGGCACAAUCCUCUCUGAUGCCCAUGCCUUCAUAGAGAGCUGGAAGGACCCCAGGUCCCCUGUCCACUGCUCUGCCGUGGGCCCAACACCCCAGUGCACACCGGAAAGAGAGGCCCAGUAUCGGUCCCAGGAUUUUUGUGGCUUGCUUGGGGACCGGGAUGGGCCCUUCCGUGCCUGUGAUGAGGUAGCUGAGGCCCAGAUUCAUGUGGAGAACUGUGUGCAUGAUCUCUGUGCCUCAGAGGUGGCCCGGAUUCCACUGUGUGAGGUGCUCCGAAGCUAUGCUCAGCAAUGUCAAAGACACGGACUCCCUAUCCAAGUCUGGAGACAGCAGGUGGGCUGUGAGAUGGCCUGUCCUACCCACAGCCACUACGAGCUCUGUGGAUCCUCUUGCCCUAACUCUUGUGCUGAGCCCAAUCUGACUGCCAGCUGCCAGACACCUUGCCAAGAGGGCUGCCAGUGUGACCAGGGCUUCGUGCUGAGUGGCACUGACUGCGUGCCCCCAGCUCAGUGUGGCUGCGCCUGGGAGGGCAGCUACUACCUGGCUGGGGAGACCUUCUGGGAAGGGGAAGACUGCCAGCGUUUCUGUCAUUGUGAUGCCUCCACCCAUGAGGUGCACUGUUCCAACUCCUCUUGUGGACCUGGGCAGAGGUGUGGUACCCUGAAGGGCAUCUUGGGAUGCCACCCGCUUGUCCCCAGUACCUGCCAGAUAUUAGGACAAUCACAGUAUAUGACCUUUGAUGGGAAGACUCAUGACUUCCUGGGUACCUGCAAAUACCUCUUCUCAGAGCUAUGUGGUUCCUUGGAGUCCCUACCCUUCUUCAGAGUGGAGGUUAAGAAGGAGUACAGAUCAAAUACCCCCAUAUCUGUGUUCUCGGAGGUGCUUGUCCUGAUCAAUGAAACCAAGAUCCAUCUUCAUAGAAAAAACCCAGGUCUGAUUGAGGUGAAUGGAGAAAUUCUGCCUCUCCCCUGCAGCCUCAAUUCCGGGGGCAUCAUCUUGUAUCCAAAUGGGUUCUACUUGACCCUGUGGACAGAUUUUGGGCUGAUGCUCAGUUCUGACCUGGCCUACAGCCUCUUCCUCUCCCUGCCCCCCCGCUACGAAGGCAACACCUGUGGACUGUGUGGAAACUUUAGUCGGAAUGCUAAGGAUGAGCUCCGGCCCCAGAAGGGCUCCCUAAGGGGGGGACUUGUUGGCAACUUGGCUUCUAGGUGGAAAACUGAGGAAUGUGAAGAUCACUGUGCUCAUGGGGGCUGCCCCGUCUGCACGAAACAAGAGCAGCUUAUUCAGGGAAAGGCUCGGUGCUGGAUCCUCCAAGAUCCCCGGGGACCAUUCUCUGCCUGCCAUGCUGAGAUUGACCCAGAACCUUAUGUGGCUGGCUGUGCCAACGACCUGUGCCUGUCCAUGGAUGAUAGCACUGUUCUCUGUCUCUCCAUCCAGGCAUACGCUGCUGCUUGUCAGAGAGCAAACAUUACCAUUGGCCCCUGGAGGAACUCCUCCUUCUGUGCCCCUGCAUGUCCAGCUCACAGCACAUAUCACCUCUGCCAAGUCCCCCACAAGGUUCAGUUCUGUGCUUCGGUUCCACUGCCUCUGUCUGCUAGCUCAGUUUGCUCUGAGGGCUGUACCUGCUAUGAUGGCUACCUAUGGAGUGGGGACAGGUGUGUUCGACCAGAUCAGUGUGGCUGUGAGCAUGAGGGCCGCUAUCACAAGGUGAAUGGGCACCCAGUCACCCUGCCAGUACAGCUGGGGCCCCAGGCGAGGGUACAACAGGAGCAGGGCCUGUCACUGCUCCGAGUAGGAGAGGAGCUAGAGGUUCAGUAUAAUGGACGGAAUACCCUGUUUGUGAGAGUGGGGCCAGGAUACAGGGGUCGUCUGUGUGGCAUGUGCGGCAACUUCAAUGGUGACAAGAAUGAUGACAAGAUCCUCCCUGAUGGGAAGCUAGCUUCCAGUGAUGCUGAAUUUGGAAAUGGCUGGCAGGUCCAUCCCAGCCCACCUGGCUGCCGGAAAGACUUCAUUGGAGCAGAGCUCUGUCAUGAGGAGCCCAAGGUGAAACAGCUCUGCGCUGUCCUCUCCAACCGCUCAGGACCCUUUGCGGAGUGCCACUGGCAUGAGAAGCCUGACCCUUUUGUGCAGUCCUGUGUCUAUGACCUAUGUCAAUACGGGUCAGGCAAUCGAAUGCUGUGCGCUGCUCUGGAAGCCUAUGCUGAGCUCUGUGCCCUGCGUAGGGUGAGGCUGCCUGACUGGAGAACAGGCCUAGGAUGCAAUGUUGCUUGCCCACCCAAUAGCUAUUAUGACUUCUGUGGUACCCCGUGCAAAGUCACCUGUGCCAACCUCAAUACUAGCAUCACUUGUACCCGUCCAUGCAUCGCAGGCUGUUUUUGCCAGAAAGGAUAUGCUCUAGAGGAUGGAAUCUGUAUCCCCCGGGAUCACUGUGGAUGUGUCCUGAAUGGACAAUACUACCCGUUGGGGGCUGAGGUGCUUCUCACAGACACAUGCAGCCAGAAGUGCACGUGUCAGGGUCCAGGCCUGGCCAUGGAGUGCCGUCCCCAUGUCUGUGGGCCCAGAGAAGUGUGCCGUGUACAGGGAGGGGCACGGGGCUGCUACCCUAUCAAAUAUGGAACCAUGUGGCUCUAUGGGGACCCCCACCUGCGUACCUUUGAUGGGGCUAUCUUCAGCUUCCGGGGAGCCUGCCGUGUUGCCCUGAUCCAAACUUGUAACACUCACCUCACCCCUUUUGCCAUCUGGCUAAAGACUGAGCAUCAGCACUCCACGGUGGCCUCAUGGGCCACCCAGGUGGAUGUGGAUGUAGGUGGACAAAGGUUCUCCCUCCUGGCUGGACAACACAAGACAGUCCAGGUGAAUGGAUCCCGGAUGACUCUGCCUCUGGUGCUGGCUGGUGGCAGAUUGCAUGCCUUUUCCAGCCCCUCUGGGGCUGUGCUCCAGUUCCAUUUUGGCCUCUCUGUUUCCUUUGAUGAAUCUCAUUCCCUGUGGGUCUCAGUACCUGAGACUUAUGCAGGUUUCCUGUGUGGUCUGGGUGGGAAUUUCAAUGGGAAUCCCAAGGAUGACUUGCGGAGCCCCGAUGGCACAUUGAUCCCUGAUGCCGAUACAUUUGCCGAUAGCUGGAAGGAGUCAGGAUUCCCCAAUCACUGCUCUGCAGUGGGGUUGGCUCCAAAGUGCCCACCAGAGAAAAAAGCCCAAUACCAGUCCCAGGCUUCCUGUGGCCUGCUUAAAGACCAGGAUGGGCCAUUCUCUGCUUGCCACGAGGUGACUGAGGCCCAUGUCCACACGGAGAACUGCAUCCAUGAUGUCUGUGCCAGGGAGGGCUCCCAGGAGAUCCUAUGUGAGGUGCUGGGAAGCUAUGCCCAGCAGUGCCAGCGCCUCGGACUCUCCAUUCAGCCCUGGAGACAUCAAGUGGGAUGUGAGAUGGCCUGUCCUACCCACAGCCACUACGAGCUCUGUGGAUCCUCCUGCCCUAACUCUUGUGCUGAGCCCAAUCUGACUGCCAGCUGCCAGACACCUUGCCAAGAGGGCUGCCAGUGUGACCAGGGCUUCGUGCUGAGUGGCACUGACUGUGUGCCCCCAGCUCAGUGUGGCUGCGCCUGGGAGGGCAGCUACUACCUGGCUGGGGAGACCUUCUGGGAAGGGGAAGACUGCCAGCGUUUCUGUCAUUGUGAUGCCUCCACCCAUGAGGUGCACUGUUCCAACUCCUCUUGUGGACCUGGGCAGAGGUGUGGUAUCCUGAAGGGCAUCUUGGGAUGCCACCCGCUUGUCCCCAGUACCUGCCAGAUAUUAGGACAAUCACAGUAUAUGACCUUUGAUGGGAAGACUCAUGACUUCCUGGGUACCUGCAAAUACCUCUUCUCAGAGCUAUGUGGUUCCUUGGAGUCCCUGCCCUUCUUCAGAGUGGAAGUCAGGAAGGAGAACACCCGAAGUGCCCCCACAUCUGUGAUCUCAGAGGUAUUUAUCCUGGUCAAUGGGACCCAGAUCCAUCUUCACAAAGAAAACCCAGGGCUGGUCCAGGUUAAUGGGGCCACGUUCACCUUUCCGCUGAGCCUCAGUAUGGGUGGUGGCAUUCUCCUGUACCAGGAUGGGUUCCACUUAACUCUGCAGACAGACUUUGGGCUGGUGCUCACCUCUGACUUGGCCCACAACCUCUUCCUUAUCCUGCCCCCAAAUUACAUGGGCCGCACUUGUGGACUGUGUGGGAACUUCAACGGGGAUCCUUGCGAUGACUUCCAGCUACGGAGAGGCUCCCCGGCGGGGAACCCAGUGACUUACUCUGCCUCUGAAUGGAAGCCGGAUGAUGGCUAUAAAGACAGUUGUGCCAAUGGCUGUCCAGCAUGCGUGGCACUGGAACAGCUUGUGCCUGCCAAGGCCCAGUGCUGGAUCCUCCAGGACCCCCAGGGGCCCUUUUCCUCCUGUCACAUGGAGAUUGACCUGGAGCCCUUUGCCUCUGCCUUUGCCAAUGACCUAUGCCUCUCCACAGGCAGCAAUCGCAUUUUAUGCCUAACCUUCCAGACUUAUGCCACUGCCUGUCAGUGAGCAAAUGUCACCAUCGGGGACUGGAGGAACCCCUCCUGUGGAGCUGAGCCCUGAGGAUGCUUCAGAGCUGCUGUGGAGACCAAGGAGUAGUCACAUGUGUCUACAGAGGAGCCACACUGGCCAGAUCUGAACCUAGUCCCUCCAGAACACAGAAAGCAGGGGACCAACAGCAUCAUCCAGCCAGCAACAAAUCCCCCCAGAUCUCGCCUACAAUUCAACCCAGUCAUGAUGAAAACGCUAGCAUAAGCAUCCUCCUAAGCCAGACGUCUGGCCCCUGGCCCAAAGACAGAGGGAGGAGAGCUAUGGAUCAGAGCUCCCAAAGGCUUGGUGGGGUGGGGUGGGAAAUAGAAGAGAAGCAAGCAACACCAGGCACUCAUAAGCUGAGUACAGCUUUGGCUACUGUCCUCCCAGCUCUGCUCCA